UUAUACAGCUAAAUUUGGGAGUACAUUGUGACAGGUGGAAGUAUUUUGGUGUUUAAUUGACGUUCAGUUGUUGAAACCCUACAGAAGUGUUUGGCUGGAGAAAUGCUUAACUGAAGAUGCUGAGGAACUUCAUCAAGUUGACUGGAUUUUGUGAAUGAGGUAUGGACGUAACAUCACAGAACGAGUAAUGGUGACAGGGAAAUAAAUAAUUGUUGUUACUCAGCACAGACAGAAGGAGAGCAUUGUCCGCAGACUCUCUACAUAAUUGGAUGGAGAUACAGGAAUUCUUGAUGAGCUCCUAAUAACUUCAUUUGAUGGAAAGACCAUACAAAGAAUUCAUCAUCAGUGAAAAGAUGGUGAAAUACUUUUUAUUUUUUCAAGAAUAGACAGAAAAAUACGGAUAUACAGUGAUUUAUGUGUUUGUAAACAGUCUUAAUAAUUACAACAAACCAAGAUGUCUAUGUAUCGGAGUAUGAACCCACCACUGUCACCACGUUUCUCCAACUAUAGAACCACAGAUUUACAGACAUUGGCUGACAGAUAUGCUAAUACAGGAUCUGACAAGUAUAGCUCCACCUCGCCAGGAUCUGAACGACACGCCCAGCCAGAUAAAAUAUCCCUGAUUGACCGCAUUCCGAAUACGGACCGUUCUCUACACAGUGAAAAAUCCCAAGUGGACAAAGCCAACAUUGAGCGGUCGUCUCUGGACAAAUAUUCGUUAUACUCCACAGAAUCCAAAAACAAAGAUCAUGAGGAUGACGAUGAGUUUAUUGGGUUUGCCACAUUACCGGAUCAGGUCCAUAGGAAGGCAGUGAAGCGAGGUUUUGAGUUCGGACUGAUGGUGGUUGGUGAAACAGGACUUGGGAAGUCUACCCUCAUCAACAGUCUCUUUCUGACAGAUUUAUACAAGGAUAGAAAAAUACCCAAUGUGGAAGAGACCGUGAAGAAGACAGUUCAGAUAGAGAAGAAGCAACUUGAGAUAGAAGAGCGUGGUGUCAAACUCCGUCUUACUAUUGUUGACACCCCGGGGUUUAAUGAUUCUGUGAAUGGAGAGGAGAACUGGAUGCCAAUUAUAGAUUAUAUUGACAACCAAUUUGACCAGUACUACCAAGCUGAGAGUGGACUCAACCGUAAAAACAUCCAGGACACUCGUGUUCAUUGUUGCCUGUACUUUAUAUCCCCCUACGGACAUGGACUUAAACCAGUAGAUAUAGCUGUGAUGAAGAGACUACAUACCAAGGUCAACAUUGUCCCGUUACUAGCCAAGUCUGACAUUCUUACUCCAAAAGAGGUCAAAAGGUUAAAGACCAAGAUAUUGGAAGAGAUUAAGGAUAAUCACAUUCAGAUUUACCAGUUCCCUGAGUGUGAUAGUGAUGAGGAUGAAGAGUUCAAGCAACAGGAUAAAGCCUUGAAGGCAGCCAUUCCGUUCGCAGUAGUGGGCAGUAAUACUGUGGUGGAGGCAGGAGGCAAGAAAAUCCGAGGACGCAUGUACCCAUGGGGGAUAGUAGAAGUUGAUAAUCCUAAACACUGUGACUUUGGCAAGCUACGACAGAUGUUGAUCAGCACCCACAUGCAGGAUCUGAAGGACAUCACAGCUGAUCUGCAUUAUGAAAAUUACCGUGCUGAACACCUUGCAGAGGAGAUGAAGAGUUCCAAAAGGGACAGAAGCAAACUGAAACGAGACUCAAUCGUAAAUUUGGAUGCUGUUACGGAAACAGACAGGCUACUGCAGCAAAAGGAAGCUGAGAUACAACGGAUGCAAGCUAUGCUGGCCAAAAUGCAGGCACAACUACAAAGUAAUCAACCUCCAGUUAAUGGGAAAGUAGCCAAUGGUUAAUCACCUUUACAGUCAAACCCUACUCUUCCUGUUUAUUGUCAGUCGAAAUUGGUUACAGAGAAAAAAAAAGAACAUUACACCUGGUACCACCUUUCUGUUAAUGACUUCAUGUCUCAGGGAAGGCAAAAUGGUGAAUGAAAAUCAAAGGUCCAGCAGAAACUUGUUAACACAUUUAUUCUAUGAAGUUUUCUUCAUCUGGAGUAGAACUUGAUAGACAUUGAAAUAUAGGUAUUUCACAGAUGUUUGGUGUGAAUGAAAAGGUCAAUUUAUAAGACGAUGAAGUGGGACUGCAUUGUUAUAGAAACAUGAAUCUGAUAUGGUGAAUGUGAAAAAAAUCUCUACCUGUUUGAUGUUUUUCAGAAAGUGAAUAUUGAGUUUUAUCGUAGUGCAUGUGGAGUACAGAAGUAGAAAUACCUCCCUUGUGGAGUACAGAAGUAGAAUUACCUCCCUUGUGGAGUACAGUACAGUAGAGGAGUGAUAGCCUUGUUGAAUACAGCAGU